AUGGCCCAGGACUCGGGCAUGUUUUCUGUGCGCCGACCGCGAGAGACUCUCGGCCCUGUCACCAACAACUCAUCGGCCAUUCCCAUGCCAUCGUCGGCUAUGAAGCGAUCGAGCUCCAUCAACAUGCAGUCCUCACAGCCCCAGUUUCCCCCCAACCAUGCCCGUUCCCAGAGUGGAUCUAGAAUGUCCCUGGCGCCCGGUCGCCCUAGCCAGCCCCUCUUCCAGCGCUCUUCUUCUGGUACAAACCUCGCGGAAGGCUUUCAGUCCGUCCACCGCAAUUCUACCAGCAAUGCCUUCGGCGCAGGUAGCGGCAGGAAGAGCUUCGCGCCCAGUUCUUCCAUUUUCCAGACCCCGGCGCCUCUUUCCUCAACACCCAACUUCGAACAGAGCGCGCAGCGACGAAGCAGCGUCUUUAAAUCGCGCACAUCGCAUGGCCCUGGCCAGUCGGGCGUGAAGCAGUCGUUCUUCCAGACAGCACCUAUGCCCUCGGCACCACCUACGGAUCCGCGGCGACUCAAGGAUGCCAGUACACGUGCGCAGAUGGCUCAUGAGCUACUAGAGUACCUGACACAAAACAACUUCGAAAUGGAGUCGAAGCACGUCCUGUCGAACAAAGCCAUGACUUCGCCUACCCAAAAGGACUUCAAUUGCAUGUUUCAGUGGCUAUACAACCGCAUCGAUCCCAGCUAUCGCUUCCAAAAGUCAAUCGAUCAAGAAGUUCCUGUUCUACUGAAGCAAAUGCGAUAUCCCUUUGAAAAAUCCAUCAUGAAGUCACAGAUUGCAGCCGUAGGUGGCAAUAACUGGGCCACAUUUCUGGGUUUGUUACACUGGAUGAUGCAGCUUGCGCGUCUCAUGCAAGCAUACGAGUCUGGAACCUACGACGACGCUUGCUUUGAGGCUGGUUACGACGUUUCUGGCGAUCGCAUCAUCUUCGAAUUCUUGUCAGACGCAUAUAGCACUUGGCUAUCAGCCGAUGACGAUGACGACGAUGAAGAGGCACAGAAAAGACACAUGAAGCCUCACAUCGAUGCCAUGGCGAAGAAGUUUGAGAUGGCGAAUGCACAGCACCACGAGCAAGUGGAGCUACUAGAAGCCGAGCACAAGUACCUUCAAGAUCAGAUUGAGGAACUUUCCAAAUCGGGGCCGAGGAUCCAGAAACUCGAAGAGCAAAUCAGGAUCCUCGAAGAGGACCGUGUCAAGUUUGAGAACUACAACAACUCCAUGGAUGCCAAGGUCAGAAAAUACAACGAUCGCUGUCAAUUCCUGGAGAAAUCUGUCGAAGAGAUUGAAGCUGAGCUAGAAGCUGCAGAGAAGGAGCAACAAGAACUCCAAGCCAUCAUCGAUGGACGCGGCAUGACCAUUGCGGAUAUCGACCGCAUGGCCAAUGAAAAGGAACGCCUUGACGCAGCCCUCCAGGCAACGUCAACGCGCCUUGAGGAGUCGAAAAAACGGGUUGCAGAAAAAGAACUAGCGGCCUCGCGCAAGUUGGAUGAACUCGAGCAGACCAUUGAGCGAUACAACAAUUUGGGCUACCAAAUUGGCGUUAUCCCCUCUACCGCCGUCAACGCCAAGGGCCAAGAUUACGAACUUGUCCUAACUGUCACCGAUGGCCCCAACUUUUCAGGCUCACAGAUGGCUGGCUCAUCACAGGAUGCAUCAGACCGUCUUCUCCAUGACGCAGGUACAGGAUACUCACCUGCUCACCUCCUCAACCUCGACCUCCGUGGCAGUGUCAAAUCCAACAUCAUCGCUCUUCGGAAAGAAAUACAAGAGCGCCGUAAUCAAGCACUCGAGGCUGACAUGAACAACCACGAUCUACUGGACAAGAUUAAAGAGGCAAUGGACGACAAGCAAGCCGAAGUCGAAGCACUCGGUCAUCGUGUCCAACAAGCCGAAGAGGAGCUAGAGAAAUUGCGCGAAAUCACAAAUACCCAGAAAAGCCAGUCAGAUGCGCAAAUCGAGCGCAUGGAGAAGGAACUCUCGCGCAUGCGAAGCGGACUUGGCGAGAGUGUGCAGCUGAUGGUGCAACGUGAGAUGGCUGUCAACAUUGAGUACGAACAACUUCAGCUCCGUGCCAAUGCUCUGCGCGAAGAACUUCACACGGAAAUUGAGCGCAUGCUCGACGACAUUGUGCGGUUCAAACUGCAUGUCCAGCGCUCGCUGGAGGAGUAUGAGCAGUUUAUUGCGGAUGAGGUGGAGAGGAGUUGUGAGGAGCAGGACCUUCUUGCUGCUGAAGAAGGUGAGGGAAUGGAGGAGUGA